GCUUCUUAUAACACAAUACACAUUUUGACCGAGAAAUCCAAAAUGGGGGUUCUUAGUAAACUUACUCCCCGAAACACAGCUAUAUCUACCGCUGUUGUGGUAGGAUUAUACCUAAUUCACAGAAACAGGGUUUCUAAAAGGCAACUACGAACAAAAAAUGAGAUCAAAGUUGUGGUGCACCAGUCUGAAGGGAAGAAGGAGAGAGCUGCAGUGGACGCGGUCUUUUUCAGACGGAUGGUGAAGUUACUAAAAAUACUUGUUCCAACAUGGCUGUGUCCAGAGGUUUGGUACCUGGCUUUAGUGGCUGCCUCCCUCAUUGCCCGCACCUAUGCAGAUGUCUGGAUGAUACAGAAUGGUACUGCAAUCGAAAGUGCCAUUAUUGGGAGGAAUGUGGAACUUUUCAAAAAGCACCUCUUCAAAUUUAUGUGGGCCAUGCCGAUUAUAUCAGUUGUUAACAACCUAUUGAAGUAUGGCUUAAAUGAGUUGAAACUUCGGUUCCGUACCCGGCUCUCACAUCAUCUGUAUGAAAAGUAUCUACAGGGGUUCACCUACUAUAAGAUGAGUAACCUUGACAACCGGAUCUCCAAUCCUGACCAGCUUUUGACAACAGAUGUGGACAAGUUCUGUGAUACAGUGGCUGAACUCUACUCCAACCUCAGCAAGCCUAUUCUGGAUGUUGUGAUAUACACAGUGAAACUCACUGAAGGAAUUGGUGCCCAGGGCCCUGGUGUGAUGCUGUUAUACCUGGCUUUUUCUGGAAUGGUCUUAACUAGAUUGCGACGUCCCAUUGGUCGACUGACAGUAACAGAACAGAAGCUGGAAGGAGAGUAUCGAUACGUGAAUUCUCGGAUCAUCACAAACAGUGAGGAGGUUGCAUUCUACCAGGGAAAUGUGAAAGAGAAGACCAUUAUAUUUGCCACAUUUGAAAAACUGGUGAAUCACAUGCGAUACUUCAUCUUCUUCCGGCUACAGAUGGGACUUGUAGAUAAUAUUAUUGCCAAAUAUUUUGCAACUGUGAUAGGUUAUUUGGUCGUUAGUCGACCAUUUUUGAAUUUGGCCAACCCCAAGUAUGUUGAAAGCUCCCACAGUCAAAGAUUAGAGGACUAUUACAAGAGUGGUAGGAUGUUGGUACGUAUGGCCGAGGCAAUAGGCAGGAUAGUGUUAGCAGGGCGUGAAAUGACCAGAUUAUCUGGGUUCACAGCGAGGAUCACAGAGCUGAUGACGGUGUUAGAUGAUCUCAACAAUGGGAAGUAUGAAAGGACGAUGGUGACGGACCGAAAUCAUAAAGAUUCCGAAAAAGCCAAAGUUGAUUUCAAGCCUGGAAGUGGGAAAAUGGUGUUCCAAGACCAUAUUAUCAAAUUUGACAAGGUGCCAUUAGUAACUCCAAACGGUGAUGUUCUAGUAAAAGAACUUAAUUUUGAGGUGAAGUCUGGUGUCAAUGUGUUGGUGUGUGGACCCAAUGGAUCAGGAAAAAGUUCAUUGUUCAGAAUUCUUGGCGAGCUAUGGCCAUUGUUUGGUGGAACGUUAACAAAACCCAAGAAAGGCAACCUGUUCUAUGUACCUCAGCGACCAUACAUGACUGUGGGCACCCUACGAGACCAGGUUAUCUACCCUGACAGCGUGGAGGAUCAGAAACGACGCAAUGUGAAGGACUCUGAGCUUGCAGACAUCCUGGAGAAGGUACAGCUGGGUUACAUCCUGGACCGAGAGAAGGGCUGGGAGUCUGUACAGGACUGGAUGGAUGUGCUCAGUGGUGGAGAGAAACAGAGGAUUGCGAUGGCGCGUCUGUUCUACCACCAGCCUCAGUUUGCGAUCUUAGAUGAGUGUACAAGCGCAGUGAGCAUGGAUGUGGAGGGUUACAUCUAUCAGCACAGCAGGGAGCUGGGCAUCACUCUGUUCACAGUCUCGCAUAGGAAGUCUCUUUGGAAACACCAUGAGUACUAUCUGAUGCUGGAUGGGCGCGGCAAUUAUGAGUUCAAGAAGAUCGAGGACGACACAUCCGAAUUCGGAUCUUAAUGAUCGCUGAGGCAUAGAAAUGAGUCCUGCUCUGGGAAAACAGGCUUAAUGCAUGUGCGUAAAGUGUCGUCCCUGUUUAGCGGGUGAAGUCUGCACAGGCUUAUCAGGGACAACACUUUCCGCCUUCACUGGAUUGUUGUUUAAAAGAUACCUCCUGUAGGCAAAAAAUAAACUUAAAGCAGAAAAGGUCAUCUCUGAUAAGCCUGUGCAGACUGCACUGGCUAAUCUGGGAUAACACUUUACGCGCAUGAAUUAAGCUUGUUUUCUCAGAGGGUAGCUGAAAUUUUUGUUAGCUUAAAUAUGAAAUUCUUUGUGGUUGGUAAUAUUAACAAAUGAGUGAAGUCAGUAGUGUGAAGAAUGAAAUUCCGCAAUUGAUAAGAACAAUAACUAAAGAUCCGACUUAAGUUACAGGGUCAUGUUUAUACAGUGUCCCUUAAACUUAUCAAACUAAAAAUUUACUGAUGUUUUAUUUGAUAAACCUGCAAAAAUAUGAUGAAAUUACAAAUAAUGUGGCAUACAAAACUAUAAUAUCCUCAAAAACUGAUGAAACAUCUGCAAUAAUGAAAAGAAUGUAUGGAAUCACAUGCUUUAUUUGUUCCUUAAUGCUAUAUAUGAGCAGCAUAUUGCUUGUUUCUGUCGCAGAAUCUAAACUACUGUUUGUAUGUUAUUGAUAUUUGAAUGUUAUUGAGUAAUUGAAUGUUAUUAUGUAAUUAAAUGUUAUUGAGUGACUGAAUGUUAUUGAAUAAUUGAAUUUUAUUGAGUGAUUUAAUGUUAUUGAGUGAUUAAAUGUUAUUGAGUUAUCUAUAAAACACAAUCAAUAUUUAUGUUGAUUUAUUAUCCAUAACACACAUUGAAUAUUUAAUGUACAUUUCAGAAAACACAGCAUGUAUUUUCUUUGGAAAUUGAAACAAAUCAGUGAUUCAUCAAUUUUUCGUUUGUCACAUAUGUAAGAAAGUCAAAGAUGCCUUUAAUUAGGCAUUUUUCUGAGUAUUAUUAAAAUGUUGACAGAUUGAUUGUGUGAUAUGCCAUAAAACUAGAGAACACAUUUCUGUACUGUAUACUAAAAUUAAUUGUUAACAAGUCAUACAAAAUAUUAAUUUUAAAUCUGCGAAUUUGUGGCCUGUCUGUUCACCAAGCCUGACAGAAUUAUAGUGUACCUUUUCUAUAUGUUAAAUGUCUUGAAUAUUAAAUCUGUAAAAAAAUAGAGUCCUUCAAACUUAGGUCCUCCCAUUUAAUUGAAAGCAAUGUGUUCACAAUAUGCAACAAGUAAAUACUGAAGUAAGACAUAUUUUUUGGCAUUUAUUUAAACUUUUGAAUGUAAUUGCUUUAAUAAAAUGUGUUUUGUGUUUGUGUAGUUUUUACUGUUGAUUAUGACUACAUUUAAGGUUAUAAUUUAAAUUAUGAUUUUAAACCAGUGUAUUGUCAGACUAAGUUGUUUUAUUAAGUAGCACUUUGACUGGCAUAUCCUUUACAGAACACAUGUGUUGAUUGAUAUGUAUUAGCUUUUUAAUGCAUUCCUAAUAAGUAGUUUCUUGUUUUGUUUUAAUUAUCUCAAAAUAUGUGUUUGUUGUUUUUGUAACAAAUGCUGUUGUUUUGUUAUUUAUUCAGAUUUUGCUCAUUUACCAAGUAAUUUACUCACACAAGUAACUUUAUAUUGAGGCUCGAUUAAUUAGCGGACGAAUACGUGACAAUCGUGAGAAAAUUCAAGGUUAUUUGGUUGCCAUGGAAGAGUUCAGGCAACAGUCAUUUGUCAAAUAAAAAAAUGUUCAGGUUCAACAGAAAGAUAUACCCCAUUUUGAAAGAUUUAUAUAGGAACAUAGCAUCACAUGUCUGAACUUUUUAUGUCCCCCACUAUAGUAGUGGGGGACAUAUUGUUUUUGCCCUGUCUGUUGGUUGGUCUGUUGGUCUGUUUGCGCCAACUUUAACAUUUUGCAAUAACUUUUGCUAUAUUGAAUAUAGCAACUUGAUAUUUGGCAUGCAUGUGUAUCUCAUGGAGCUGCACAUUUUGAGUGGUGAAAGGUCAAGGUCAUCCUUCAAGGUCAGAGGUCAAAUAUAUGUGGCCCAAAUUGCUUAUUUUAUGAAUACUUUUGCAAUAUUGGAAGAUAGCAACUUGAUAUUUGGCAUGCAUGUGUAUCUCAUGGAGCUGCACAUUUUGAGUUGUGAAAGGUCAAGGUCAAGGUCAUCCUUCAAGGUCAAAUAUAUGGGUCAAAAUUGCUCAUGUAAUGUCACUUCUGCAAUAUUGAAGCUAGCAAUUUUAUAUUUGAAAUGCAUGUGUAUCUCAUGGAGCUGCACAUUUUGAGUGGUGAAGGGUCAAGGUCAAGGUCAUCUGUCAAGGUCAAACGUCAUAUAGGGGGACAUUGUGUUUCACAAACACAUCUUGUUCCAUUUUGUUCAUUCAGCUUGCAAAAAGCUUUAGAGUCUUAAUGGUUGAGUGCAUGUUUGUGUGCGUGUGAGUGUGUCCAGACUGUUACUUUGUCAUUCAUCGUGCAAUCUUUAAUUACUUUUAAAAAAAACACCAUCAGAAGGUGACUUGUCAUGUGUAACAACUGCCUUCUUACAUCAUAUGUCAAGGUUGCACUGUGAUGUCAAAAGGCAAAUGUGGACAUGAAACAGCUUCUCUGGAUUGUAACUUUGUCAUUCAUCAUGCAAUGUCAAAAUAGCUUGCAAAAAAAUGACAAAAGUGGAAAACUGCCCAUGUAACACCUGCCGCCCUGCAUCAAAUGUCAAGGUCACACUACGGGUCACACUACGGGUCACACUACGAAGUCUAAGUCAAAUUUUGUCAAAAACAGGUUUUCCAAACUGUAAAUGUGUCUUAAGUUGUGCAAUUCAAAUAACUUGCCAAAAGUUUUCACCAUUAGAAAAUGUUCUAUCUACCUUAAAAGCUAAGGUCAUAGGUACAAUUUGGCAAAAAAACAACACCAACACUUAAGGUCAAGGUCACACUAAAGGUCAAAGAUUAGCACAUUGCAACUUUUUUAAAAAUCCAGGGCAUUAUUGACAAUAUGUUUGGAAUGUUACCGACAGCCAUCUAGGAUUUGAAAAAUUGAGACUUAAAUAAUAUAGAACUAUUUAGUUAUUUUCUUGUCAGAAAUGUAUUUGUAAUCAACUCUUGACCGUGGUGACAAUCUCUUUUAUUUUGACUGAGCAGUAUUUUAUAUAAAUACCUCAUUUACUGAUGAAGUAGUCCAUCUAUUUUGAUAUUUGUGUUUAAGUUCUUCUUUUUCCUCUCCACUUUCAAAGAAAUGAGCCAUCCAAAAUACUUCAAAUAGUUGAGCACACUGUUACCUAUCAGCCUACAAGUUUUAGAUAUAACAAGUACUACUACCUGUAGAAAUUGAAACUUGAAGAUGCAAAUACCCAGUUAUUGUACAUACUGUUUUAUCUGUACAGUACAUUGUACAUUCUAAAAUAUGUCUAUAUAGCAAACCAUGAUCAUUUUUAUGGCAUUAUAACAGCCUGUACAAGUUAAUAUGACGAUGCAUUAAGUGUAGUAAUAAAACAUUACUGGCACAAGUAUCACUAAAACUUUUUUUUCAAAAGCAGUACAAAGGGGCAUAUGAACAGUUCUUCACCUGCAUAUGGAUUUAAAUACAAUGUUCUUUGUUUCACUCAUAUGGUUAAUUUAAAUUGUUUUAUUGAUACAAUUGCAAUACAAAAGAGCAGUACCAACAAAAUAUUUGGCCUUCACUGGGAUUCAAAUUUAUGCCUUAAAAACAGAACAGGUGUUUCUGGUAUUGUGAAUGCAUAUAUCAUUUCACUCAUAAUGGUUUUUAAAUAAUGACAUAAUAGCGGUCUAUAUGCUACUUUAAACAUGUUCAUGAUCUUUAUGAUUUAUGAUGUUUUUUGUAUGGAACAUGAAUUUAAAAUCUUAAGUAAUUACAUGUUUAUUACUUUACUAUUUUCAUAAGUGAUACAAAAUGUUCAUGAACUGUUUGUAACCAUAGCAGUUCUAUUAUAAGAUGACGUUAAAUGUUCUUGUGAAUCAAAGUUGUCAGGCACCAGAUAAUAACAAUGUUGCAAUCAUGUUUAUUACCAUACAAUGUUUUACUUCAAAUAAAUAAAGAACUUAA